CAUAGCUCCAGUGUACAGCCAUGGAACCAUCAGCCCGCCGAAGACGCCCCAUUUGAACUGUCCCGUCCCAUUAACGAACCCCACUAGGCCAACGUCUACUGUCCACCGUUGAAUCCACAUUCCAUUGACAUUGUUGUUUAUUGACGGCUUACCUUACAUUCCUGCCAGGUUUUCCGCCGCAAGAGCACGCCGCUCUGUCCGGAAAGUAAACAAACAGACAGACGGACGGACAGAGAACCCGGCUCUUAGACUCCGACAUAUCUAUCACCUACCUAUGCAACAGGUUCGGGGGCUGCCCAGUCACCUCCCGUCGCUCCGACGCACCGUUGGCAGAUCUAGACGCGGUGACACGGCGCCUGCCCGUUGCAAACUGUGGUGGCAUGUCGUGCCAGGUCUGACAGCGUCCGACACCUGCGAGAUCGCGCCCACGGUGUCCUCUCAGGAGCGCCGAGACUUGCCUUUGCGCUAUGCGAAAGAGUGCAUUGCUGACAACACCAGCAGAGAUACCAGGUGCCCACACUCUUGAGGUGUGCCCAAGAUCAAACCGAAUAACAUGGGAAGCUGUCGACAGGGAGUCAAAUUACCUUCUCACGGACUGCC